ACAAGUACGCUUCGCUCAGCUUACAUGUGUAUAGGAUAAUUAGCUUAGUGUAAACGUGGGAGAAGUUUCGAAAUUCAGAUUAUCUGCUUGAGUUUUAAUCGGUAACGUUAGACUGACAGCCAUUACUAACGUUGUUUAAACUGAACAGAAGUAACUGACAGUACCAACGGCAGCGACAAUCUGACGUUAACGUCUCUCCGGGUCCGCCUUUGACCGAGGGUGCAACUCUGCCCUAGCUUACUAGAACAAGUUGUUCUUGUCCGAUUUAAUCAUGGACGCCGUGGUGAAUUUCACAAGCCAGAGUCAAGGAAGGGACCGCAUAUUCAGGGCGACACAGUAUGCCUGUGCACUGUCGAGAUAUUUAUUGAGAAACCACACGGAAAGAAAGGACCUUGUGGCGAAACUUAAAAGUCUGGAAACCAACAUGAGCGCUGGACGAAAAUUGUUCAGGCUGGGAAACACAAUAAAUUCCAUUGAGGCUGCUAAGCGAACCAUGCGACUCUCUGACCGAGUGCUGUGCCUGUGCCUCACCGCAGCCAAUGUGAGUCGCGCCCUCUACUUUAUCUGUGACAAUGUACUUUGGGCCAGAAGUGUCGGUCUUAUCCGCGAUAUCGACAAGGAACGCUGGAGCGUAAACUCCUCCCGCUUCUACUUCCUCUCGCUAGUUAUGAGUCUGACCAGAGAUGUUUACGUGGUUCUGCGGUUGAUGGCAGAGAGAGCGAGAGAUAAACAUUUUAGACAGAAAAUGGAGCUGCAUCUCAAUGAGAGUCCUGAAGUGGCUGAAGCUGUCAUCCCUCAGCUGGAUGCUCUUCUCUUUCUGCUGUGGGAGAGUCUGAAAUCACAUCCUGCCGUUGCCUUGGACACGCUGAAAAAUAUAUGCGAUCUCUUCAUUCCCCUAGACAGGCUGGGUAUAUACCAGUCGAAUGCAGGAGUGGUGGGAUUUUGUGGUUUGAUUUCCUCCGUGAUUGGGAUUGUGACCCUCACACAGCCCAUGUUAAAACUCAAACCAUGAGGACAAGGGUAGGGGUGAUGUACUGUCAUCUACCUGGAGCUGUUGUGAUGGACUGAGGUCAACCUGGUGCAAAGUGAGAUUAGGGAACAUAUCAUGGGCACAUCUUUGUUAGAAUAGCCUGUAUAUUUUACACCUCAGGUCAGCAAUCAUGAUUGGAUUUGAUUGUUUUGUAACAGAUUGUUGAUUGAACUGAUUGCAUCAUACUUUUGAGACACAAAAUGACCUCACAUUAAAUGGGGACCAGUUAAAGUUCAGAACACUGGUUUUAAAGGGAGAAAAUCAAGUUUACAUAGGAGCCUUGUUUAUUUUUUUGUAACUUAAUAGAGGCACAUCUAAACCUGUGUGCAUUUCUGUCUUCUCCAACACUACAUAUAACACCAGCAGACAGCUUUGUGACUACUGUACUUGAAAAAUAAGGGCUCCUUUGUUGUUUGCACUUGCUUUUGCACCUAUCUCUUAAAAAUAGUAAGAUCUUAAUCUGAGUGGCGUCGCUACUUUAAAGGAAUGCUUAACACACAGAAUGACCUUUUGUAAAUCAGUCAGUCAUGCUGUGUUACCUUGAGUUAGUGAAGGAAAACUUCUUGAAUGCCUCCACGGAAAACGGCAAACAUGUGAAUUUGUGAUUGAUUGGGGACCACGUUUAACAGCAGCAAAACUACAACAAAACAUGCAUCAUAAUCCAAGUCUCCCUUAUCCUGUCGUAUGCUAAGGCCUUUGCACACUGAGUUGUUUUCUUUUUAACCCAUCAUCCAAAAAAAAUUGUUACACACAGAAACCUUACACAGUGAUUCCGAUGCAUUUUAUUGCUAUGUUUGGUGUGAAAAUUCACAAAACGUGACAAGGUGAAAAGACACUCCUCUCCUCUCUCUCUCCACUGGAGUUACCUGUCAUCACUCCCCUCCUGUCUCGCAUUUGGUGCCGCAGCUGCAUGAAGGGGCGAAGCUGUGCUCCCUGUCUGUCUCCGCAUUCUUUGUGCGAUCCACAUCCUCCUUCUCAUCAUCAUCAUCAUCAUCCACCUGAACAUUACUAUCUGGCCUGUUGAAAGUAGCUGGCUGUAGUUAUGACAUGCUGCUGUGCACCCCGUUUAUCUGUCUUGUCGCAGCUGUGUCCCACCGCCACAUCUGAUUCUUGGUCAAACGUCUCUAAAGGCUUCUGACGGAUGUGGAAAAACACGGAAAAUCAAAUCUGUUCAGAAAAUUUUAAUGACAGAUGAAAGUUUUGGACUCGGUGUGCAAACACAAUUGACACACUGUGAGCUUGUAUUUAUUUUUAGAAGUUCGACAAUUUCAGGUGAGAAAAUCUGACUCAGUGUGCAAAGGCCUUUACUGAAAUUGAAACUUAUCUAUGCUCUUUUCAAAGCCAGAUGUUUUAGCGAAAAUGCAUGUGUUUGGAAAGGACUGAUCGACGACUGGAUAAAUGAGACUUGCAUUUCACUGCACGAGUUGUGUGACAGUUUGUAAAUGGAUACUUUGAUAUAAUUUUGCUGUUGUUAAAUGUGGUCCCCAAUCAAUCAUAAAUCAAUAUGUUCACUGUUUUCCAUGGGGACAUGCAAGAGAAACAAAGCUUUCUUUAAGAACUCAGUGUAACACGUUAUGACUCUCUGAUAUAUACAAAUGAUCAUUUUGUGGGUGAGGUAUUCCUCAGGUAUUCCCCUGUCUGUCUCUGCUCUCAGUUUUGUAACAAGAUGCUGCUAAAAAUUUUACCUCUUUGAUUCAAGUGAUGAAUAAGCUGCUUCUCAGCCCAAAGUGCUUUCAGAGGGGAAAAAGCAGCUGAGAGAUUUUCAGGUGGUAGGCCUUUGUCACAGCAGACUUUUUGACUUGUCAUUGGAGAAAAUGUUACUAAUAACAUGAUGGCUCUGCUCUUUUCAAGCGCCCCAUUGAGAGUGAUGGUGAGGGAACAUUCACUAUACAAGAACCCUUUAAUUCUAUGCUUUCCCUGCUGUGACAAGUUAAAAUGUCUUCCUUGAAAAAGCCCUUUCAUUGUACCUGCUAUUUAUGUUUCAUUCUGCUAUUCUGGGCUUUGACUUUGACUUUA